AUGAAAGCUACAUCUUCAAGCCUUCCUUACAAGAGCGUUGUUGAUCUAGCGUUCAGACAAUUCAAGCCUACAAGUCCGAACCCUUCCAAGCCAAUAGUGGUUAGCUUACAUGGUCUAUUUGGGUCCACGCGAGCUUUUGCAGCUGUUGGCAAAAGAAUGGCCCAAGAUUUGAAUACUGAGGUGUACAACCUAGAUCUUCGGAACCAUGGCAAAUCACCAUCGGCAAGACCGUACGACUAUCUAACGCUAACGAAAGACGUUGUGACGUUUCUUCAUGACAAAUUCGGCAGAAAUCAUCCGAUUUCAAUCGUUGGUUUCUCAAUGGGUGGUAAAGUUGGAUUACUAUCUUCCUUGUCCCGCCAGAUCAAUGUUGUUAAAUGUAUAUCGAUAGAUAUGCCGCCAUAUAAGGUCUCGUCCAUCAGUGACACCUUCAUGGCAAAUUAUGAUCUUAUGCUUAAGAUCUGCAAUCGGACGGUGAAGGUGGAGAGGGGUGUCAAAGGUUGGAAGGAUAACGUUCUCAAGCUAUUCCGAGCACUACCUGCGAAUACUUAUCCGGGACUAGCUUUAUACUUCGCGCAAGGGUUUUUGGAGGUCAAGGAUAAUGAUAAGACUUACGAUGCUACGAGGGACGCCGAUCCAUAUGUGAAUUACCGCCUCCCGUUGUGUGAAAUGAAAGAUUGGAUAAACGUCGUGGAAGAUAGCCCAACAAUCUCAACGCUUCCUCACAACGAAUUCAAAUUGAAAACGGAGGCACCAGUUAUGUUCAUGCGCGGUCUGCGCUCGCCUUUAUUUCGUGACUCCCACAGCUCUUUGGGCAAGCAUUUCCCCAAUCACUCAGUAGUCGAGUUCGACACUGGUCAUAUAAUAAUGGCUGAUGCUCCUGAUAAAUUCUAUACGUCGUGCAUCGAAUUUUUGUCAGAGUAA